CAGAGUAAAGGGAGGCAGAGGCAGGCAGGCAGUAGAGAGAGAGAGAGAGCGAGGGCAUGGAAGUGGCAACCGCGGGACGAUACUGGCCCAGUAAUGAAUUCGUGCGCUCGGAGAAUCUCAAUUUGGGGAGAGAAGAGUCUGCGCGAUUUUGCGCUUUCCUGUACAGCAAUGUGAGAGGACAGCGGCAGCAGGAGGAGGAGGAGCAAUAGCAACAGCAGCAGCAGCUGCACAGGUUGUAUACGGGGUGUGGAAGCGGCAGGAUCGCCCUUUUGGUACGCGCCGAGUGGAGUGGAGUGUGGAGUUGAGCAGUGACCGUGUUUGAUGUUGGCUCUUCCGUCUUCUCUGGUGGCGCAAUUGCGUUUCUCGUCGUUGUCAUUCGGAGGGAGUGGGAGCUGCGCGGGUGCAUUUGUCGCUAGGACGAGGGCGUCCUCGCAGUGCGCGCCGGUUUUGAGAUGCAUCCCCGCGACUGCCUGCCCUGAUUUGGCCCGGGGCUGCCGCCUCUGCCUUGGUCGGCGUAGUUUUUGUUGUUCGACCUCCCUGAGUGCUGCUGCAGGUGCAGCGAGGCCGCACAAUUGGACGGGAUCACUGCGCCGAGCUCGAGUUUGGGAGCUGCCAGGGGGCGUGUGUUGUACAAGGUGCUCGCUCAUUCCUCUUGACCCCCGAUCGUCGUGCAUACUCGACUCAGGGAAUGCUUCGACGUGAGUAAGAUAUGGAAUUGCAAGCUGGUGUGUUCUCGUGUAAUGUCUGUGGCCGGUGCUGAUGAUCCUUGUGCUGAUAAGGCCCAAGAGCUCCUUGGCUCGCACGGACUCUCACAAUUGUGUGCGAAGAUGGUGAGCAGCCUUAGCCUCCUUGUCUUUUUCUGGAAAUGCUGAGGAGUCGCUUGGGGUUUAUCGCAGUGGCGGCCACGCCGGACGUUUGCUGCCUUCGAGGAAGGUCGAUCGCAGUCGGGCAGAAUCGUGGAGCUUCCAUCACUGCUCCUCGGGAAGGGAGGGUGGGGUAAACAGCGGCAAUUUUCAGGUCAAGUGCGGUAUCACAUUUGGAACCUCUGGAGAGAUGACUUCGGUGGCUUCCCGCGAGGGUGGCAGGCAAUUGAGGCAGAGGAAGGAGACUCAUAUCUCUCUGUCUACCCAGGCAAUUGGUAGAAAGAAAACCAAAGGGGUGGCACGAGAAGCGACCUCCACUGAUGACGAAAUGGAACUCCGCCAGGGAAUUGAAGAAUCAGCCGCCGCCACAGAGUUUGAAGCUCGAUUGUGGGAUCUCGACAAAUCAAACAAGCUCACGACACUGACUGUGCUUGAACUCCGAGGGUACAUGAAGUUGAUGAGCAAGCCCACGGCCGGCCGUAAGGACGAACUCAUCUCCACUGUCAAGGAGUGGUUGGCAAAUCGCGAAAGUUCUACGUUGAUGAGUUCGAGGCAAGCUGCGGCCAUUCAAGAAACUUCAAGCGAUGCCGAGUCUCUGGAAGGAGCUCUUCUGAAAGCUGAGAACAAGAAUCGUGAGGCCGAAGCGGAGGCUAUGUCACGGAGAAUAGACAUCCCUGCGAAGAUUGUGAACCAAAAGCGCAAGGAUGCUGCUUAUUCGGACCUGAAAGUGGCACAACAGGAUACGGCGGUAUCAGCAUCGCCGAAGAGAACAUCCGUCGAUAUUUCGAUGAGCGGGAAGGGGAGAUUAUCCAAGACCGAUUCCGAGUCAAAUGGAACUCUGGAUGAUGAAAUUGUCGUGAAAGCAGUGACGAAGAGGAAGAUUCAAUCCUCGACUGUCGUCAAAACCAACGAUGCGGCAUCAGCCGCCGCAUGGGAGGAUCAGGGUAAGAAGAGGAAGCUGGAACAAGAAGCCAAAGAUUCGCAGGAAGAAAUCAGCAUCCGUAUCGUGGAAGAGAAGAUUGUGGAGAUCAAUGGUGAUCAGAAGAAGCCUUGGCUUACACUGGCACAUAAGAAGCCGCAGGCGGACUGGGUUCCCUACAAUCCGGAAACUAUGAGAUCUGCAUCAUUGCCAAGUUCCGUGAAGGCCAUGAAACUGAUCUCAUGGAAUGUGAAUGGCUUGCGUGCCUUGAUAAAAGAGAAAGAUAAGAAAACCGAAGAGGGUCUGCUUUUGCAGCUUGCCAAAGAAGAAGAUUUUGAUGUCCUUUGCCUACAGGAGACCAAAUUACAGACCAAGGACGUGGAGCAGAUGUCCUCACUGCUUCCGGGAUACACAUUUGGAAGCUGGAGCUGCAGCACCGCAAAACUUGGUUAUUCUGGAACAGCUAUCAUUUCAAGGGUCGAACCCCUUUCUGUUAAGUAUGGUAUGGGUAUACCAGAUCAUGAUAACGAGGGACGUCUGAUCACGGCGGAAUUCGAAUCCUUCUAUCUUGUCACUGGUUAUAUUCCCAAUUCUGGGGAAAAACUUGUGAGAUUGGCAUAUCGGACCGCAGAAUGGGAUCCGGCCUUGAGUCAAUAUUUGAAAGAAUUGGAGAAGAAGAAACCAGUUAUCUAUACUGGCGAUCUGAAUUGUGCAAACGAUGAGAUUGACAUCAGCAAUCCUGAUGGAAAUCGUAAAAGCGCAGGAUUUACAAAGGAGGAAAGGGAAUCAUUCAAGACCAACUUUUUAAACAAGGGAUUGGUGGAUACGUUCAGGAAACAACAUCCAAAUGUAUUGGGAUACACCUAUUGGGCAUACAGAUCAGGAGCGCGUGUGAAGAAUAAUGGAUGGAGGUUAGAUUAUUUUCUGGUAUCUGAGGGCUUGAUUAAUCAGAUUCAUGAUUCUUAUAUUCGGCCAGAUGUUAUGGGCAGUGAUCAUUGCCCCAUAGGCCUGAUUGUCAAAGAGUAAUGGACUUGACAACUGUCAAUUUUCCAUGUGUGAUUUACAUGCGAGGCAGUAUCGUAUGUCGACUACUCCUUGAAUUCGAAGUACCUUCUGCAGCAGGCGCAGCUCUGUGUACAAAGUGUUACAUAAGUGCCGAUGGCGGGCUGUCCCUUAGUUAGUGCUGACGGCAAUCCAAACUGGUGCAUAGGCAGUUAAUUAGGUUCAUACUAGGCGGAAGAGUUUUCUUUAUCACUCUGUUGAGAAUGUCCUUCCCCUCAGUGAAGGGACUGGAUCGAAGCAUGUUGUGGUAUCGGGGUCUGCUGUACAGUUUUGACUCUUGUACUUUUAUCCCACAAAUCAAUUUUGACC